AAAGGGUGAGUUUUUUUCAAAGGAGAGGAAAUCCUUAGGAAAUGUGUGGGAUCACGCUCAGUGUUUCCAAGUAGCUUGGGCAUUAUUGACAAACUAUUUUCAUUGUGUGACGGGUGUUUGUGGUGCAUACCGAUCAUCCGAUACAAACACGGGUGUGGUGAGUGACAAGUAAGGGGGGGAAGCGACCGUCGUUAGGUCAAAAUGUCGAUUCAGUACGAGGUGGAACAGCUGGCUGACAGCUACGGGGUUGCGGACUCAUUCCCCAAAGAUUUCGGUUAUGGUGAAGAGGAGGCCGACAUUGAGGACAGCCCGGCGCCGUCCGACAGCAAACCGAGAAUCCUUCUCAUGGGUUUGAGAAGAAGUGGCAAAUCAUCCAUACAGAAGGUCGUGUUCCACAAAAUGUCUCCCAAUGAGACCUUGUUCCUGGAGAGCACCAACAAGAUCUACAAGGACGACAUCUCCAGCAGCUCCUUUGUCAACUUCCAGAUUUGGGACUUCCCAGGUCAGGUUGACUUCUUCGACCCUACCUUCGACUACGAGAUGAUCUUCAGAGGAACCGGGGCUUUGAUAUUUGUCAUCGAUGCUCAGGAUGAUUAUGUGGAGGCCCUGGGCAGACUUCACCUCACAGUGUCUCGGGCCUAUCGGGUCAAUCCAGAGAUCAACUUUGAGGUGUUUAUCCACAAAGUGGAUGGCCUGUCAGACGAUCACAAGAUCGAGACUCAGAGAGACAUCCAUCAGAGAGCCAAUGACGAUCUGGCAGACGCUAGCUUAGAAAAGCUGCAUCUCAGCUUUUACUUGACAAGUAUUUACGACCACUCCAUCUUUGAGGCCUUUAGCAAAGUGGUGCAGAAGCUCAUCCCUCAGCUUCCCACUCUGGAGAACCUCCUAAACAUCUUCAUUUCUAAUUCAGGGAUAGAGAAGGCCUUUCUGUUUGAUGUGGUCAGUAAGAUCUACAUCGCUACAGACAGCUCUCCUGUAGACAUGCAGUCCUAUGAACUGUGCUGUGAUAUGAUCGACGUGGUCAUUGACGUCUCCUGCAUCUAUGGUCUGAGGGAAGACGGCAGUGGCAGUGCCUACGACAAGGAGUCCAUGGCCAUCAUCAAGCUCAACAACACCACUGUGCUGUACCUGAAAGAGGUCACCAAGUUCCUGGCCCUUGUCUGCAUCCUGCGGGAAGAAAGCUUUGAGCGCAAAGGAUUAAUAGACUACAACUUCCACUGUUUCCGGAAGGCCAUCCAUGAAGUAUUUGAGGUGGGCGUUUCCACCCAGCGUCCAGUGGGCUCUCAGGCGGUGGGCUCGCCCUGCACCAAGGCCGUUGCACUGAAUGGCACGCCGCGCAACACUGUCUAGACACUGAUGCAAAAUAAAAAAUAAAAAGACGCAAAAAGAGGAGAAAGGAAGGAUGGAGAAGGGCUAGAGAGCCUAUAGAGGAGAGACUGCUCAACUGGGGCUCACCGGCACGCCAAUCACAAUCCCUUGCUCCCAGCACCCAAAGUACUGCGAAACAGCUUGAGCCAAGAGUGUGUGAGACAACACAGGAGCACAUCGGGGUUAGGCUUAUCAAGCUAAGAUAGAAGGGAAAUUUCAGCAUUCGUUUCAGGUGAAUGCAAGGCACCGUGAUGGCUGUGAGGAAGUCAAAGAGAGUCAAACUGUCCCUGGACAGGAAAAGGUUCAGGAUCUUUCUUUGGAUUCCCUAAAGCAGUCAAAGGCUGUGAUAAUUAGCUGCUGGUCCCUCCUUAAUGAACAAUGGGAGGAGGGAAAACAAACCCUUGUUGUAACCUCUUGUUUAUGGACAAACUGUGAAGUCAGUUUGCAGGAAUCUUAUCUAGUGAUGAACCCACCCCGACCACUUCUGUGCGGAUAAAAAAAUAAAAAAUAGAUGGUGGAUGUGAACUGCUAGUCCUAACCCACAUAUGUUCAGAGAUGGCCUUAUGUAGAUAAAGCUUGUCUGCAGAGCAAGCUUUCUCUAACCACCACUCACCUCACCCUACCUGAAUGCUGCCCAAAACUCGCUUUUUGGUUUCACUUAUGAAGGGAAAACAAGGUUUUGUGAACAGACUGAAAAGGGAUUGUGCUGUCCAUCCAAUUGUGUGGGUGUGGGUGUAUGCAGGUAUGUGUGUGUGUGUGUGUGUGUGUGUGUAGGUGUGUAGAUGUAGGUGUGUGUGUGCAGGGGUGUGCAGGUGUGUGGGUGGAUGGAUGCAAGCGUGUUUGUUGAAGUGUCAAUGAAAGGUUUUGAUUAGAUCCCAGACUGGGAUCUUUUUACAGCAAGAGUGUAUGUCUUUCUUCUCAAUAACAGCAGCUUAGCAUAAUAAACUAUUUUCAAUCAGUGAAAGUAACUCUUCUGUGUAUUCCACUGAAAAUCAAUUUUUUGAUUGACUUUAUAGUAGUUUGUAAAAAAAAAAAAAGAGUUUGGUGGAAAUUUGGAAAUGGUCUUUGCAAAAGCACUGCCAAAAUGAUUAAAUGACUCAGAAACGGUAAAACGAUGGAAAUAUGUCGUGAUUAAGACCUUUAUUUGUUGCCACCUAAGAAAGAAUACAUUGGGCUGAGAUGGAGGACUGGUGGAGGGGUUCACACUCCACAUUAGCAGUCUUAAGACAUUUUGGGAUGAUGAUAUGAACUGGUUGAAACGUGCAUGUUUUUCCACCUACAGUUUCAGUCCUGCCCAAAAUGAUUAACCUAUGUUUUGUAUUUAGUUUGGCUCAGUUCAGCAGGAUUCACAAGAAUAAAAAAAUGUACCCAUUCCAAGCAUGCAUACAUUGGUUUGUUGUCAACUUGUAUUGUUCUUAACCGUAACACUGCUCAUUGCAUUCAAAGGUGAGAAAGUGAAAAUGAAACUAACCACACGAUUAAACCGAUAAACAAGGAGGAAAAAGACCAAAUUUCAUUACUUUUGCCAUUACAAGGACACACAAUAUGUUCAUGUCUGUUUCUUUAAUCAGGAGGUAGACCAGGAUCCUGACUCACAAAGCAGGAUUAACAUGUUAUCUUGAUACAUUUGCUGAGUAAAGCGCCUGUAAAACAUUCACGUUCCAGAUUUGGUGUAGUUUUCGGAUUUUACUCUGCAAAGUUAUUCCGGUAACUCUCUUUCGGUGAUCUUGCUUCUUCAAACAGGCCCCGAGAUCUUAUCAACCUAGUCAUUAACAGUCGCCUGAAAAUAAACACUUGCACAUCAGAACUGUGAUGGAUGAUUGAUUUCAUGUAUUUGUGAUGCUAUACUAUGUGAAAUAAAUGAACAUUUUAAUUUU